AUGGGGGACCCGCUGCAGCUCGACUCAGUCCUGCCUUCUGCUGCCAGCGAACAUCGAAGCCGUCGUGGUCCUGUUGUUGAGUCUGCAGUCGAGGUCCUCCAACCUCCUUCCACAGGCAAGUACCUUCAAUACGCAAACCUCUCCGUACCUGAUCGCCAUUCCGUUUCCAGUUUGUAUUCUUCGGCGGGCAUUAUCGCUCGUAGAAAGUCAUCGUCGUGUCCAACGCACAUCACUUCGCCGACGCACUAUUCCUCAAGCAUACCGCCACUUGACCCGGGACGCACGACACUAAGCAGUACGGAAGCCCCGGAUCCACCUAGCUCAGUCGCGCCUUUUGCUGUCGACGAUAACAUGCCGCUGUCUACUCGUUCCUGCCAUCCAAGUCGUCCCGGCCCUGAGUCUAGUGCUGGAGAUGGGGUCUUCCAAUCUGCCAACCAAGGCAUGUAUAACAUCCAUAGCAGCAAUUCUCGUCCUGAAGAUUCUUCGAUUCGUAGGUCCUCGCCCCGUGAUGCUAAUGUGGCAGCUGCUUCCUCUAACGUCGUUUGGUAUUACCAAAAUGUUGGUGGUAUCAACAGCUCUAUCGCCGAGUAUCAGCUGGCUCUUAGUGACGGGAGCUACGAUGUCUACGCCUUCACCGAAACAUGGCUGAACGAUGAUACCAUCUCUAAUCAGCUGUUCGACGACUCUUUCGUCGUAUACCGACAGGACCGAUCGCCGUCAAAUAGCAACAAGAGCAUCGGGGGCGGUGUGUUACUGGCGGUGCGCUCUGGGUUCAGGUCCCGAUUGAUCAACCCUCCGAAUUGCUCGUCGGUUGAACAGCUGUGGGUCGCAAUUUCUACUGUCGACGCAAAAAUUUAUGUUUGCAUUGUGUACAUUCCUCCCGAUCGAGUGAAUGACAUAUCAUUGAUAGAGAGUCACAUCGAUUCGCUCAACUGGGUUGUAUCGCAAAUGGCUCCCAGAGAUAACGUGGUCAUCCUCGGCGAUUUUAACAUGAGCACGAUUUCCUGGCAGCGUGAUCCCCGCGGAGCUUUCUUUCCAUGUUCUUCCCGGUCUUCACUUGGCGAACCUUCACGCGAGCUGCUUGAUGCAUAUUGUACUGCAGGGCUCAAACAGAUGGUUGGUGUGGAAAACGAGAAUAAUCGGUCACUUGAUUUAUGCUUUGUGAGCAACGAGCUGACCGUCGACUGUAUGGUUACGCAAGCCCCUGCGCCGCUCGUUAAAAUCGAGAGGCAUCACCUCCCACUGUUGAUCAAUUUGGAAAAGAAACCACAUCGUUGCUUCCACGACACUUCGGAAAGCAUCACGUAUGAUUUCAGCCGAGCAAAAUUCGACGAAAUGGAUGGUUUCCUUGCUCGUGUCGAUUGGAACGGAAUUUUGAGUAAUUCGGACGUAAACCUCGCUGCUAGCGUGUUGCUAUAUGCUAUUGACCAGUUGCUAUAUGCUAUUGACCAGUUUGUUCCCAAAAAGUCUAAACGUGAACCGUCAAAACCCGCUUGGUCAAAUGCCGACCUCAAAAACCUGAAAAGAGUGAAACAGGCAGCCCUGAGACGUCACAGCAAAUAUCGCACGGAUUCUACUAGAACAUGUUAUCUAGAAGCGAACACGUCUUAUAAGCAACUUAAUGAUCGCCUCUACAAUGCUCACCUAGUUCGCCUACAAAACAACCUCAAAUCGAACCCUAAGAGUUUUUGGCGACACGUAAACGAUCAGCGGAAGGAAACUGGAUUGCCCUCUACGAUGACUGAUGGAUUAUACAUGAAGCCGAUACUACCGCCUCAAUUGCCGAUUUGUUCCGCUCCCAAUUCAGUAGGGUGUUCGUUGAUGAACAGCUUAACCUGCAGGACAUAG